AAACAUUAAAUUAUGUGCAUAUGUAAAAUGAUUGUUGGUUAUAAUACUAAAUAAUAAAGUUUAUAACAAUAUUUUACAAAUUUGGAAGUUGCAACUAUAAAUGGUAAAUUCGGUCCUUAAGAUUAGAAGACAAAGAAGAGUCGUGUUGGUGAGCUAACUACCCAACCUGUGAAGCUACCCCCAUUCUCUCUCAACGGUAAAGAUCCGCCAUUUUCACCGAUCUCUGUUUCUUCUCGUUUGGAUCUUUGGAAAUUUUAGAGUUUUUUUCGUUUUGAAAUGGCGAGGAAGAAGAUCAGAGAGUAUGACUCAAAGAGGUUGGUGAAGGAACAUUUCAAAAGGCUUUCUGGCAAAGAGCUUCCUAUCAGAUCCGUUCAGAUUAAUGAAACAACUGAUCUAAAUGAGCUAGUUGAAAAGGAACCUUGGCUCUCGUCUGAGAAGCUGGUGGUGAAACCUGACAUGUUGUUUGGAAAGCGUGGCAAGAGUGGUUUGGUUGCCUUGAAAUUAGAUUUUGCUGAUGUUGCCACUUUUGUUAAAGAACGUUUGGGAAAAGAGGUAGAGAUGAGUGGAUGCAAAGGACCCAUAACAACAUUCAUAGUUGAACCAUUUGUUCCACACAAUGAGGAGUAUUAUCUCAAUGUUGUCUCGGAUCGGCUUGGUUGCAGCAUAAGCUUUUCUGAGUGUGGAGGAAUUGAGAUCGAGGAGAACUGGGACAAGGUCAAGACAAUAUUUUUACCAACAGGUGCUUCCCUGACACCUGAAAUAUGUGCACCUCUUGUCGCAACUCUUCCCUUAGAGAUCAAAGCUGAAAUUGAAGAAUUUAUCAAAGUCAUUUUCACCCUAUUCCAAGAUCUUGAUUUCACUUUCUUGGAGAUGAAUCCUUUCACUCUAGUUGAUGGAAGUCCUUAUCCUCUGGAUAUGAGGGGUGAGCUUGAUGAUACUGCUGCCUUCAAAAACUUUAAAAAAUGGGGCGACAUUGAAUUUCCUCUGCCAUUUGGAAGAGUAAUGAGUCCUACAGAAAGCUUUAUCCACGGACUGGAUGAGAAGACAAGUGCGUCUUUGAAGUUUACCGUUCUGAACCCCAAGGGACGGAUUUGGACAAUGGUAGCUGGUGGAGGAGCAAGUGUCAUCUAUGCGGAUACGGUUGGAGAUCUCGGGUAUGCAUCUGAACUUGGCAACUAUGCUGAAUACAGUGGAGCACCCAAAGAAGAUGAGGUUUUGCAGUACGCCAGAGUCGUUAUUGAUUGUGCUACAGCAAACCCGGAUGGAAAAAGCAGAGCCCUUGUCAUCGGAGGCGGAAUUGCCAACUUCACUGACGUUGCUGCUACUUUCAAUGGCAUAAUCCGCGCUCUUAAAGAAAAGGAAGCAAAGCUGAAAGCAGCAAGGAUGCAUAUAUUUGUGAGGAGAGGAGGACCAAACUACCAAAAGGGACUUGCUAAAAUGCGAGCCCUUGGAGAUGAUAUCGGUGUCCCCAUCGAGGUCUAUGGCCCAGAAGCAACCAUGACAGGUAUCUGCAAGGAGGCAAUCCAGUACAUCACAGCAGCAGCAUAAGCUUCUCUCAGUACCUUCUAUGACCAAAACUUUGUCUGUGUUUUAGAGCCUUUAUUUACUGUGGUUAAGAUUACUCAAGCUAUAAGAUACUUGCAAUUUCUUGAAAACUUCUGUUGUUCGAUUCUCUUUCCCCUAACGUUUUCUUCAGAUUCAAUAAAUAAUCGUUACUUUUUUUUCCCCUCUAUUUUAUUUGAUUUUGAUAUUUCCUACAAAAAAAAAAAAA